AAAAUUUGGGGAACAAACGAAUGUACACGCGCGUGUAGUGGGGAGAAAAGAAAGAGGACAAAGAUAGAGGCGAGAGGAAGGAGGGUGGACUCGGCAUACCCACACUAUAGCAGGCGGUUGCACGGAGGAAGGCGAGGGCUGUAGACCUACCACACCGACCCCUUUUACCUGGCCCCACUGGCGGCCCUGCCGGCGGUUCACUUGCUGUGGAGAGGCUCGCAGUCACUGGAUCUUCUCACUCACACUGCCACCUGGCGGCUGCAAGGCUCCCUCCCUGGAGUAGAUGACAGUAGUCCACUCGACAGACUUCAUUCCUCUUGGCUCCAACCUUUGAGUAGUCAUUGAGCCGGAUCGAGAAAUCGACAACCGAGAAGGUACAGGUUCGAACUCCGACGUGCGGCGAGAGAUGAUUUAAUGUUUUUACUACAAUUAUCGUCGAGAAGCUGUCAUCCUCCUCCAAAUACUUCUUUGUGACUGAUGUUUAAUACUUACUAAAUACUAACAUCAAAUAUUCAGCUAUCAGUUUGAAGCGGAAAAAAAAGUGAACCAUCGCCUUCCAGACACAGUGAAGGGUCUGCAUGCAACAUCAGGCACGUGACUGCCGUGCGCCCAGAAGACAGACAAGUGGCGGAGGAGAGACGAGGGGGGAACAUUGAAGGCCUCGCAGAGAUAGGGAGUUAGAAAGUGUGGCAAACUGUCAUCAGCGGUAAGCAAACCGUUUUGCCUAUCAUGAGCCGCCAAUCCGCCUUUGGUUGGCAACUCAUCGGCUGCGUCCAGCCUCUCACACAGUUAGGAGGCCAGCCAUUGGACCGGCCUGCGCGCGCCGGUGACGAAAUUCCUGGCCGAGCCUCCUCCCCAGACGGCUCACCGCCGCCUUCAUUCACAACACGUUCGCUGGAGGGACUAGUGACGGAGGUGUGGCAGGAGUCGUUGCCCGUGUCGGCCAAGGUGUUACUUCGACAAAGUUUCUCUCGAGGACAACCCGGGGUCUUGUCUCUACACCCUGUGGUCACGUGAACACAUCGAGGUGCAACACUCGUUUCCGUGGUUCUUCGUUUAAAAAUUUGGAUUUCAUCGCCAGAGAUUGUUUGUCUGUUUACCAAAUUGUUGUGAUGUCAUGUUCUGGAGAUUUUUCGUUCGCGAAGGAAUUAGUCCGAGGAUUUAACGUGUCAAGCCGUUAAGCCGUUGUCAUGAUGGCGGACGUGGUUUUGAAACGAACGGACAAGGUGUGGAUUUGCUGCAGGUGUGACAUGGUGAGAUGCUUUCAACAGGUGUGAUGACGUCUGAGCUUACACUCUGAGUUCCUACAACUUUCACCUGUCCUCAUCUUUAUACCUUUAUUUGUGCUCUUCGAGGAACUCCUACACCAUUGGAGGAAUUAAAAGCCUUUUUAAGAUCGACGACUCCGUGACUGUUGACAACUUUCUGAUGUAGAAGACACAGUGUUCGGCAAGCACUGCGCAUGUCAGAACGAGAGUUGGUGUCCGUACUUCCGGUUUGGGAGGAACCUGAUUAAUUUUGCGAGCCGUGGACUAAAGCUUCACUGAUUUGGCAUUAAACAUCAAUUGUGAUUGCAAGGCCCAGGGUGGACCUGCGGCGUCUAAACAAAGAAAGUAAACAGGAAAUGAGUGGUGAGCACAGCGUGGAUACUUACCGACCAUGAAGUGGCGGCCAUUCUCCGCCGUCGCCUCUCUCCGCCUGCUGCUGGUUCUGCUGUGCUUGGAGAGGUGUGCACCCGUCACUUGGCUAGCCCUGCACCGGGUGAAGCACAAGAGCUGGGACAACUCCAGGAACUGCAGCUCCAAGCUGGGGCUGGUCAAGCGCCAAAUCAAGUUGUGCAAAGACAACCUGGACCUCAUGCCCAGUGUGGCCAGGGCGGCUUUCUUCUCCCUGGAAACAUGUCAGAACCAGUUUUCAGACCGGAGGUGGAAUUGCUCAUCCAUAGCUCACGUUCCUGCCAUGUCUAAAGAUAUCACCAGAGGUACCCGAGAGAAGGCCUACGUGUACAGCAUCGGCGCGUCCCUGGCGCACACCAUCGCACGCGCCUGCAGCAUCGGGGUGACGACCAAGUGCAGCUGCGGCGUGCUGCCCACCGGCACCCCGGGUGAGUCGUUCAAGUGGGGUGGGUGUGGAGACGACGUCCACUUCGGCACGUUGUUCAGCAAGACCUUCGCCGAGUCCUCCCUCAAGUCCAGCAAGGGCAAGGAUCAGAAGUCGACGAAGUCGCUGAUGGAUUUACACAACUUCGGGACUGGCAUGGCGGUGGUCAGAAGCAGUCUGUCGACGGCCUGCAAGUGUCACGGGGUGUCAGGCUCGUGCUCCAUCAAGACCUGCUGGAAAGCUCUGCCAGACUUCGACAAGAUCGGCGCCACGCUCAAAGAGCGAUACUUCUUGGCCGUAGAGGUAAAGAGGAGGAAGCGGAGGAAGGAGGGGGUGUUGGUGCCCAUACAACCUGGCAAGAGGACGUUUACUGAAGACGAGCUCAUCUACUACGCCAAGUCACCCGACUACUGCUCUCCCGAUGACAAGACUGGCUCUGUGGGCACUAGAGGCCGGCUGUGUGACCCCACCACCGAGGGCCCCGGCAACUGUGACUCAAUGUGUUGUGGGCGAGGCUCCGACAACUUCACAAUGGAAGUCACCGAGCGGUGUGAGUGCAAGUACUACUGGUGCUGCUAUGUCAAAUGUAAGACAUGCUCCAAGAUUCUGGAACUGAGCAAGUGCAAGUAGCUCGGUGGGCGGAAGCACCCGGAAACACUGGGGAGGAAGCGCCCUCUGUGGGCAGCACGAGCGAGGCCGUUAGCAGGAUGCUACAGCAGCACAGACCAACGAAAUCCAGCGAGUACGAGUACGAGUACGAGUAGAACUGUAGGUGGUGGGGCAGCAUGCAGGCGUUGCUGACCUCACCUGGUGCGAAGACAGGUGUGUUUAUUAGAGAAAGUGAAAUCAGUCACAGCAUCAGCACACAAGGACACACAAAAUAAUCGACACCCGUUAUUACCUGCAGGUGACGCAACUCUCACCUGCUUUUUAAUGAAAGAACUCGACUGACAUCUGACAUCUCCAUUGAGACGAAACAAGUUGUGCACCUGUCCGCUUGUCGUGUCGGACACCUGAAACCUGCAGACCUUGAAGUCAGAUGUACCCUUGAACCUACCUGUGCAGUUUCUGAAAUCUCGAAUCUCAUUACCUCUAACAGAAGAGGGGUAUAGAGGUGGGUGGGCAACCGGCUUGAGGAGUUUUGGUGAUUAGUUUGGUUCACACACACAAACACACAACCACAAAUGCACGUGGGGUGUGUGCAUGCAGAUUGAAGACAUCUCGCCCUCCGAAGAAUUUGUCUCGUUUCUAACAGUAAACAGCGAAGAUAAUUUAGGAAUUGGGGGUAGGGCUGAUUGCACUUUCAUCGUUCAACCGUGCUUUAUUGCUUGCCACGAAGAGGAUUGAAGGAAAUGACAUAAUGAAGGCUUCCUACUGCAGGGGGCGAGGAUCUCACGCCUUCACGGCAGCUGCGUGUCAGGUCGGAGGGUUGCACACCUCGUGCGCGCGCAGACGGCGAGCAGGAGAAAUUAAUUCCUCAACACCUGCAGGAAAUGCGACAGAAAUUUUAUGGAGAAUCUCCCAACCCCUUUCCCCCUUCACCUGGCGCCCCGUGAAAAAUACACGUCAUCAGCCCGAGAGGCGUGGCCGGGUGUCAGCAUCGCUUGGGGAGGGGGAGGGAGGUGAGGGGCAGGACGGGAAAUUACGGGGGGGACAGACGUGUCUCCACCUCUACCCGGCUCAGGAAGUCUUGAGGCACAGCGAGGUCCCUUGAUGACUGUGAUUUGUCACUUUGCUGUUUGCUGUUCGCUGCCAGUGAGUUUGGAACCAGCACCGCGGAAAAUUAACAUAAUUUAUUCUCGUAUGCAUUGCUUCCAGAUACUAAACACAAAUCUCUGUGUAUGCUCUGCAAAGACAUUUAUGGAUCGAGCUAUUUCUUAGUGCACACGUCUUUGUAAUAUAUGUGUAUAUGUACAUACAUUCUUGUAUUGCCUUGUAGAAUGAGAUUUGACCAGCAAUUCAUUCUGGUUUUUUUUCUGGCAAACAGAAAAAACUGCCAACGUGAGAAAUGUUUGUUAGAGAUAGUGUGCACCCGCUUAACCAAGUGCAAGUGAACCAACUGUACGAGUACAAACACUUAUUUUACUAUGUGCAAGCGUUUGUGACCAGUAGAAUCCUCGACGGAGGCUCACUUCAUUUACCCCGCUCCGCCGUUUCUUUCAGGAAAAGCUACCCGACCAUCACCCACUAUACCCUGGGGUGGAAUGGUCCUGUGGUAAUACUAGUGUCCCCACCACUACCCACUGGCAUCAAACGGUCCUGUGUUAAUAUUAGUGUCUACCAAUACAUAUACAUGUGAGCUCCUUGGCCUGAGUGUACAGGUGGAGUGUAUGAUGUACAGUGAGUGAGCAGGUGGAGUAGACCUUGUACUACAAGAAGAUUUAAAGAAUAUAAUGAACUGCAUCAGCAACAGAUGAAGUAUAUAUUGUACUGCAGUUGGGAGAAGACGGAGUAUACCUCAUCAGCAUCACCUUAUAUGGUUAGACAAGACGAGUUUUUUGGUUUCUUCUUCCUUUUUGAUACGAUGGCGAUGAACUGGGUGGACUGUGUGCUCGUGUCAUCUUUGUGCAAAGUGCACAACUCUGGUGCUAUAAAAUAUUGCCAUGUCACAGGAUUGCAGAGCUACCCCUCCUGGACACAGCAAUAUGGUACACGAACCUUCGCAGCCUGUGGUAUGGUCAGUGCGGAGUACCUUCCGAAUUAAAAUGAGCUUAACACAGACAUUGCCUCUGUUUUUCUCUUCUUCUUUCUUCUUUUCAUUAAUGGUUAAGCCACAAACAUGUCUGAAUUGUUGCACACUCUUUGACGCAACAGUACCCGAUGUAAAUGCAUUUAUCUUGGAUGUGCAUAAUUUAUAAACAUACUCCAUUGAAAUGUAAUCUUAUUCUUUGCAUAUGAAUAUAAGGAAAAUAAAAGUUGAGGUUCUUAAUGCUUGUUCACUUUCUAUGAACAUCGUUGUUCUCGCUAGUUACUUUAAAUAAGAAUACUUUUGUUAACAGUCGGUGCACAGUAAAGAUUUUUCUUUAUUGUUACCAAUACAGAUGAUAGAAGUGUGUUUAAUGUUUGUUUUUUGUUUUUUGUUGUUGUUUUUUUAUUUAUUUUAUUUUAUUUUUUUGAUGGGGAAUUUGUGCAUACUGGUGAAUAUUAUGAAAGGGGAAUAAGCCACUAAUAAUAAUUCCUUCGGCAUAUGCAGGAUUGUCUCCCCUUAAUUUAAUUUUUUUUUUUUUAAAUUUCUUUCCUUUUUUUUUUUUAAUGGUGGCGGGGAGAUGAUUGAAACUGCUGUAUUUUCUGCUGAUAAGUUUUCUGAUUCAUUUUUUUUAAAUGUGCUUUUAUGCUGCUCGAAUGUGCUUCUUCCUUGAAUGAAAUAUGUACUGGUACCUUUCUUCAGGGGUGUAUGUCGUACUUAUUUUACUGAUGUUGUGGAUCAUAAGUGCCUGAAAGGUAUGUGGUAAAUAUGUAAUACUGAUAACCUUAUGUCACCGUGAGUUUUGUCCUCAAUAUUUUUCAAUUUUUUAUUUUAGUUUUGCCUUUAACUGCCUUGACUUUUGUUUAUUUAUCAGUACCCUUCCGACGCAGUUCUUAUUACGUUAUACCGUGUAAUCCUCAACCUGUGUAGGAGGACCAAAUUAAAUGAGUAAUUAGUUGCAAUUACCUGUGACCCAGAUCAGAUGACCAUGUGUAACAGAGGCACAUCACUUGCUCUAACACUUGAUUAAAACAAUUUGCAAUAACCUGUUGAUGUCAAUUAUAAUCUGAAGGACAAAAAGAAAAGGAGUUCUGACUGAAGCAUUUAAACUGUUUAAGAAAAAAGAAAAUCACAAGAAAUUUGUCUGCGCCUGUGAUUUACUGCAUGAUUAGGCAACAACAGGACAUGACCCAGGGGUUGGGGAAAGGAUAAAGAGGCUACAGGUCAGGUUGCAUAUAGCAGAUAAAGUGGUCACACACGCGCGCACACACACACACCGCCCCAUCCCUUCCACUACACACAAACGUGUUCUACUACGUGCACAUAUAUAUAUAUGUGUGUGUAUGUGCAAGUACAUACAUUUCGUUUUAUACUCGCGUUACCUUUGCCCAAGUGCUCAUUUUCAGGAGGUGACUACGGACUCAGCAUGUAGCCAAGUAAUUAUUUUUCGGUUUGGAAAAUGGCAAUUGUAGCAGGGUAGAACUCACUGGGAGAGGAAAAUUUAGUUUCGUAUUGUAAUCCCAUAGUGUAGCUAUUCUUUUUUCACACUUUGCGAUCUGCGCGUGCAGGACCUGUCUGUUGGCGUGUUUGCUCGUCUGUAGAAAGGGACCAGCGCCAAGUACAAUUCUUAAUAAGCUCUCAAUACUAUCAUUGCUGCCAUGUUUCAUCAGAUGUCACAUCCCUUGCCUCCAUCGUUUACUGUAAAACUUUCUAUAGCUUCUUUCUUCUUCUUUUUUUUUUUUUUUUUUUUUUUGUGACAAGUUUCAACGAAAUUCUUCCUUUGCAUCGAAAAAAUCAGUCUUUUUCCCUUUCAACAGAGUUUUCAUUUUGUCUGUUAUAUAGCCGUAGCUUUGGACACAAUCUUUGGGACUUUGUGCUUAAUAAUACCACACGUAGUAGAAUAACAACAUUUAAUCUCUUCCUGGAUUUAUGAAGACCAAACAAUUGGUAGUCUAAAGAGGGACUAUACGGAGGGUGAGCUGUACCGCGAAAAGUGUUUUCAUUUCUGAGGACCUCACGAAACAUGUAAAAACACGAAGAAACAUGUUUUGUGAUCUUGUUCAGCGCAAUAGUCCGUCUUUGGCUGAGAUAUUGCUUUAUAAAUUCCAUCAUCAUCAUCAUCAUCAUCAUCAUCAUCAUCAUCAUCAUCAUCAUCAUCAUUAAAAAAUGUAAGAAGUGCAUUGGAAAGCAAUGGGACUUUGUUAUCAAAGGAAGAUAUUACCAGUCUUCCAUCUUUAGCGAAUUAACGCUAAAAGCUGCUUUAAAUGCUGACUCCCAUUUUGUAGUUCAACAAUAAUUGGAGCCUGAAAUCUUCACCGAGAAGCUUAUGAUGAUAGUCUGCUUUUAUUUAAGCUGUCUUAAUAAUUUGUGCGUGAAUCAGGAAAUAAUGUUUCUCUCUUUAAAGUUCCAUGGAUUCCUCUCUUUCUUAUGCUAGUUGAACAAGGCUAUACAAACUUUACCUUUUCUUUUCAAAUUAGAAUUUUUGUACUGUUUAUAUAUAUAUAUAACUAGUAGCAAAGGUAGUUUUUUGUGUUUUAUAUUACUAUUUAUAAAUUGUUGCAUCAUGUGUUAUACAAGAAGCUGCAUCUGUUCUGUCUAUGGAAGAAUGAUUUCAACCGAUCACAAGCAAAAGCCAUGGCAGCUUGUUUCUUAAGACAUGUGCAACACUUGUUUUAGACAGCCGUGGAUUUCAUCAUCAUCAUCCUUCUGUUUUUGCAUCUGUUUGUAGGCAUUGACACCCACUGACUGAGAGCCUAGGAAGUAUUGGACCUUUUGUUCGAUUCUUGAAAAAUUAUCUCCUUCCUCCAAUUCACCCCCCACCGCCAUUACCUUUAUUAUGCGCGCAGACGUACAAGUAUACAGAGCUGGUUAUUCCAUCCCUACAAACUUGUUCAAACGCUUUAAUUGACUGGGAGAAUAGUUAAAUAGUUAAUUAAAACACAUUUUAAGUACCAUUUCUAUUUUAUCAAAUUUUGAGAUGAUGGUGAAGUCGUUUGAUGUCUCUGACCUGUCAUCUAUCUACCUGUACUAGUGACAUCACUGACCUACAAUCCACAUGAACUGGUUACCAAUUCUAAAUUUCCCCUGAGUGAGGGGGAGGGAAAGGUUUGGUAUUUACCUGAGGACAUUACUCAAUUCAGUCCUGUGUGGGUGUUGUUACAGGUGUGUAUCAUAAACAAGCAGAUGUGAGGAUCUGUUGACAAAUAUUUCUCUCGCUACUGUAUCAGAUCCUGUGACAAUGGUCCUAGGUGCAGAACACAAUAUUGCAAUGUGUUUUAUUCAAGUAGACAAAUGUAUGUAUGCAGGAAAAGUCCUCUUAUCUCUGCCAUAAGCUAAAACUUGAGAAAAGUGCCUUCAAGAUCAGUAACUCCUGACUGACAUUCAUUAUGGUUGUAUAGUUGUGUGCGUUGCUGAUCGCUUCUUAUUUUUAUUAUUAUUCGGAGGCAACUUGAUUUAGGGCUCGAAGCAUAGUGUGGGCAACCAUGUAAACUAUACCUCGGCUGCAACCUAGCAUCCUGCAUCCAACGAUAUGCAAGAGUCUGCUUCAGCAGACAUUUUUAUUUUCAUGAUGAAGCACACCUUUCCCUUCUUUCAUUCAUUUUUUCUUUUUCUUCCUUUCUUUUUUUAUGUAUAUUAUUUAUUUAAUUUAUUCUAUGGUUCAAAGAUACUUCUGCAUGGGAUUGAACCAGACGUACGUACGGCCUAACAUACAUAAGUAAACCACAGGGAGAGAGGGAGGGAAGGGUGAGGUAGCCGGCAAGCUGUCUACACAACACAUAAUUAGUUUGUCUUGUAUGCUAACGGACAGAUCACUCCACUUAUGUGAUUUGGACUGAAGAGAAUUACAAACCCUUGGAGGACAGAAAUGGUUUUCUGUCGACGUGAAGUAAACAAUUCACUAUGGAUCAACUGUUAUGUGAACUUGUUGCUUGAUAAGCAAAUAAAACAAUAUUGUUUUACAUA